UGAACUUUUCCUUUGAACCACAGUCUGUUAUGCAAUGUCAGCACUUCAUAUUUAUGACUAUUAUGACAAGGCUUGUCGUUGUGCUCUGCUGUCAGUAGAGCUCAUUGGAUAUAUCUGAAGCCACAACAUUUGAGUAUGGCUGAUGAUCAACUCUCAGCACGAGUUCUGAACUUUCCAUACAGAGCUGCCACUGCACUUCAACCUGCUAGGAAAACAGAAAGAUGUCCCUGAGAGCUAAAGAUAUGUCACUUCUUCUACUUCUGAUCCUGAUUCAUGGUCUGGAUGGUGAAGAAUAUAACAAGGUACAUCUAAUAUUAACAAAUGAGACCAUGGAGACGAGAAUCUCAUUUACAUCUGGACGCAGAAUUACUGUUCGGGAAACUCCAACACAGUUGCUUUGUAAUUCAACAACAAAAUCAACAAUAAAUUCAUGUUAUAUUGAGUGCUCCAGUUUCAGUCAAAACGAAGGUUUCACAGAACCAAAAAUAUUUGACCUGGAAAUACUUAAGGAAUGGGAUAGCACAAGAGUUGACUUCAGCAUAGGCAACCAUUCAUCCAACUGUACAGUGGUAGAUUGCUUGCCUGAUGACAUACGUAAGCUCCUGGAAGAGAAAGCAAAAACAAUGAAUAUACCAACAGACAUGAGAAACAUUCUCAAUAUUAAAACAAUGUGCAAGAAUGUGAUCUUUCAUGAAGCUGUUCUGGAUACCUACAUUAGUGUGGAAAAGAAAGCCAUCCAUGGCAUUAUAAAUAUGAAUAAUUCUGAGCAAUCCAAGACGUGCUAUCAGGAGGAUCUUUCCAUCCUUGCGGUUAAGAUGAAUUUAAGCAAGACAAAUGAUUUUGUACAAAUCGCCGCUCCAGGGGUAUUCAGUUAUGAUGAAGUAGCAGAUACACAGAUCCCAGUUGAGGCUUUCAAAAAUGAGAGCGAGAGGAAAUUUGGCAUAGUUACCUAUUAUUCUGAUCAGCACUUAAAGUUUAAAGUGAAAAAUAAAUAUUUUGCCUCCAAUGUCAUACGGAUUGAAGUCCCUGGACGUCACAUUGUAAAUUUGAUCAAUCCACUUAAUGUUAGCUUCAAAUUGAAUUACAUAAAGGACACACCUUUAGAUCUAAAGAACUACAACAGGUCCUGUCAAUUCUAUGAUGAAAACGGAGACAGAACCUGGAAAACGGAUGGCUGUAACACCACUCUGAUCAGUGAUAAUGUUGUUGAGUGUUACUGUAACCAUAUGACCCCUUUUGCUGUGCUUCUGAUCGACUCAACAAUAUCCGAAAAGCAAUGGGAAAUCUUGUCGUACAUCAGCUAUGCAGGCUGCAGUGUCUCUGCGUUCUUUUCUGCCAUCACUGUCUUGUCAUUCAUUUUCAACAGUAAUGCAAGAGCAGAAGUGUCCAGCAGCAUUCACGUGUCUUUGAGCGGCGCUCUGUUUCUCCUCAACAUAAGCUUCAUGUUCAGUGAGUGGGGCGCCACACUGACAGUGAAAGAAGUGUGUGUGUUUAUUGCUGUGACGAUACACUACAGCCUGCUGUGUACUUUCACCUGGAUGGCUAUUGAAGCCUUGCACCUCUACCUUCUUCUCGUCAGAGUCUUCAACAUUUACGUCCGAUAUUACAUGGUCAAGCUGUCUCUGAUCGGAUGGGGAGUCCCUGCAGUUAUUGUUGGAGGUUUGAUGUCAGUUAAUAACAUUUAUGGUAUAACUGAGAUUACAUUUUCUGAUACCAAUACAACAAAUGAAAUUUGCUGGAUCAGAGACCGUCACGUCCUGUAUGGCGUGAACAUUUCCUACUUCUCCAUCAUAUUCAUGUUCAACUUAGCAAUCCUAAUCACAGUGUCCAGACAGAUCUUUAAGCUACGACGUGUGGGCAACAGGCAUGACAAGAUGCCAGUUUGGAAGGAUGCUGGCACAGUUUUGGGCCUCAUGUGUCUGGUGGGUACAACAUGGGGCUUGGCCUUCUUCAGCUCUGGAUAUAACAACUACCCGAUACUCUACCUAUUCUGCAUCUUAAACACAAUGCAAGGGUUUUACAUCUUUGUGUGGAUGUGUGGUACAGCGAGGAAAAACAGAGCACAAACAUCACAUCCCAAAUCUAAAUCCACUCUGGACAGCUCCAAAUAAGGUCCUCUCAUUCAUUUUUCUUACUAAAACCUCUGGCGUGAUUUUACAAGAAGACAUCUUCCAGCUGACCUACAGAAAUGCACCUGGGUUAAUGAAAAUGACUCUUAUACAACAGGCAAAAAAAAAAAAAAAAAAAAUGGAACAUUUGGAACGUUUCAUCAUGAGCUGUUCGGUUUAAUUUUUUUGCAAGAGUACUUCCUUUGGUAAUAACAGUACAUCGAAGAAAUAACAAAUACAAUUUCCUCUUUGUCAAACCUUAUCUAUAAUCUAAUAAAUCUAAUCUCAAACCUAUCUAACAAAAAUAUUCAAAGCUGUGAUUUGUAAAUAAAUAUGGUAAAUGUA